ACGAGCAGACUCGCUAUGGAAAGCGCGAUCACGUGACCAUUCUCUACUACCCAAACAUGGCUGCUGUUCUGUAGCCAUAGAAACCGCGUCUCUGGUCUCGCUUUAAACCAUGGGCCAAUAAGGAGCCGCGGUAAGGCGGUCACAUGGCUGCCCGGGACGUCCCAGUUGUUGCCUUUGGCAAUACAAUGGCGGCGCGCUGUUUUGCUGGGAGCUCAGCUAGCGGAUGAACAGUGUGGCGGUAGCGAUAAUAGGACUGUCGAAAGGUGACGUUGGUUAUGGUGGGACUUGAUAACGCUGGAAAAACCGCAACUGUGAAGGGAAUCCAAGGAGAGUCUCCAGAAGACGUGGCUCCAACUGUUGGGUUUUCGAAAGCCGACAUUAAACAGUGGAGAUUUGACAUCACGAUGUUUGAUCUCGGUGGUGGGAAGAGAAUUCGAGGAAUCUGGAAAAACUAUUAUGCAGAAUCCUAUGGGGUGGUGUUUGUUAUUGAUUCCAGCGAUGUGGGACGGAUGGAGGAAACAAAGGAAACCAUAGCAGAGGUUCUGAGACAUCCCAGGAUCUCUGGGAAACCUGUACUGGUGCUGGCUAAUAAACAGGACCGGGAAGGCGCUUUGUCAGAAACAGACAUAAUAGAGUUUCUCUCCUUGGAAAAGCUUGUGAACGACAACAAAUGCCUAGUCAGAUAUAGAGAACGUACACCUGAGGAGAUUGGGGCAGGUGUUGCUUUGGAGCCAUGCUCAGCAGCCAUUGGUCACGGGAAGAAGAUUGAUAAGUCCAUCAAAAACGGCUUAAAUUGGUUGUUACGCGUCAUAGCAAAAGAUUUUGAAGCGUUGCACGAGCGUAUUGGGAAAGAAACGGCAGAGCAACGAGCACAAGAAGAGCAAGACAAGAGGGAAAGAGCGGAGAGAGUGAAAAGGCUUCGGGAGGAGAGGGAAGUGCUCAGAAGCCCUGAAUGCUGCUGGCAGUUUGCUGUCCUGCUGAACAAUUUCACAUCCCCUUGGGCACUGGAGAGGCAACUGCACAUGAAAGGCUAUCACCCGCUGUUUCAAGAAAUCUUCUGUCCACAAACAUUAAAGUGUUUCAUUAAUGGAAAGGCUGGCAAAUUUCCUUCUCAGCGGCAUUGAACUGGAAAACUAAAAGAGUAUUAUGUGCUAAAUACCGCUUCACUUCUGCCAGUCCUGGGCCGCGACGUGAGGAAUGGAGAGAACGUAGGGGAUAUUUGUGCUGCUCCAGGGGACAAAUCCAUAGCGAUCCUGCAGUGUUCAACCCCAGGUAAUGGAUUCUGCUUUCUCUGUGCAGAUGGGUAAAAUAAUAUAGUGUACUAGUGGUAUCAUAUACUCCUAUAUACACUACACCUUAUGGAUAUAUUCACACUUUCACUCAUUCCCAAACAAAGGGUGAUAAAGGGAUACUAUCGUGGGAAUACAUGUUUUUUCCUCCAAAAUGCACAGUGCUGCUCUUGCAGAAUUCUUCACUGAAAUCUGUUUCUCAAAAGAGCAAACAGAUUUUUUUAUAUUUAAUUU